AUGUCGAUGGAAUCUUUUGAGCAGGAUGUUGAUGACUCGCCGAUACUGCCCGCGGAAAUACGUAAAGUACCAAAAAGUAUCGAAGAAAUCGUCCGAAUUACGAAAUUUAGCAAAUCAGAAAUACGAUUACUUUACAAAGGAUUUAAACAGGAAUGUCCAAAUGGCGCUGUGACUCAACGAGAAUUUCAAGCAAUUUACUCACAUUUUUUCCCUCAUGGCAAUUGUCAAAAUUAUACAACUUUUUUAUUUCGUAUUUUAGACCGACGGAAGCGGAUGUAUUUUACAUUUGAAGAUUAUAUCCAAACGUUAUCAGUUUUGGUACGUGGUAGUAUCAAGGAAAAACUUAAUUGGAUUUUUCGUUUCUAUGAUAUUUAUGAUGACGGCAAAUUGACAAAACAAACAUUCGAAACUGUCCUUCGUUCGCUGUAUGAUCUGCUUGGAUCGAAUACAUGUGUUCAUCAACCAGUCACCGAUGAAACCAUUCAAAAACAUUUAGCUCUUUUAUUUGACAAACUCGAUUUUCAACGGUCGGGAAGUAUUAAUAUCGAUGAUUUUAUAAAAUAUUGUUUACACAAUGAAACAUUAGUAAACGAAAUUCAACUUCUCUCGUCUUCAGCAAUUUAA